AUGACUUCUUCUUCCUCCCCUGUGCUGAGCACAGAAGCACGCUAUUUCGCCUAUAAACUAGGCUAUAUCUCAAAGUUCAAGAUUGAAAGAGAAGCCAAAAAGACCGAGCCUCGACUUCACAAACUCGUUGGCCACUGCUCGUUGUUUGAUCAGGCUAGAAAGUACAUCCUCGAGCACAACCACCAGGAGGAUAUUCUGGAUGCCGAAGUUGGUGACGAAUUGUCCCUUGAGCACAGCGACGAGGAUUUCGAAGCUGAAAUCGAGCAUAUCGAGACCGUGGAUAUUGCAACACUUUCGACCAAACACUCAGCUAAGCCGGGUGAUGUUGUCGUUGUUCGGGCAACAGCGAUCCCAAGCACACAUCUUGACGAAGACGACCUAGAUUGGGAUGAUGACCUCGACAGCGAUUCUACAGCAACCAGCGAUGACGACGACAAUUGGAGCGACUCGACCGACGGUGAGGACGAUGGCCAUGCACAGUCUGACCGCAAGGUCGCGGAUAUCUAUCACACAGCGAAGUCGAAAUAUCUACAUCGGAACGAUGAUCUUCUUCUGUGGUCGCAACAGCCGCAGGUAUUGACGCCUAGUCAGGCUGACAGUCUGCUCAUUGAGGCAUUUGCCUGA